AUGAUCGAUACUGGUGCCACUCAUUCAUUUAUCACUCAAGCUGCCCUGAGCACAUUAUAUCAUUCAGUCAUACCACCAUGUGAUCGUAUAGCUCAAUUAGGUGAUGGUCAAACCACGCUUAAAGUAGUGGGUAAAGUUCAAUUAUUCUUGCAAUUUCAUAAAGUUUUUACUCCUUUAAAUGUUCUCGUCGUCAAAACAAUGAAUACAGAUUCUAUCCUUGGCAGUGAUGGGUGUAAAAAAAAUGCAGCAAGAAUCGAUUAUGAAAAAAGUCCAGUGUCUAUACGUUCUUCAUGUGGUCGUAUAUUUAUUCCAUAUAACAAAACCAUUGAUUGUUUAACUUUAGAUGUCAAAUCAAUUAAUGUUAUUCAUAUACCUCCACGUGAAUCAUACACUGUUCAAGCCAAAGUCGAAUUAUCAUCAGCUGAUACCGUCUACUUCUCGCCUGUCGAUCCUAUACAAUCCGAAAAAUCUAUUGUCAUGUCACCAUCGUUGUUACACAUAAAUAAUUAUACCACAUAUUUAGAAGUAUAUAAUCCACAUGAUUAUACCUACACAUUACCAAUGAAUACUCUUCUAGGUCGAGUAACACACACACCGUAUGACAUGCAUUCAUGUUUAUUAUUUGAUACAUCUCGUGAAACUUCGUCGUUAUCGCCUCAACAUCAUAUUUUUAAUACAAUUGAACUAGAACAAAAACCUUCUGAAACAUCGAACACAAUUGAUAAAUUAAUUACUCAUAUUAAAAAUGUUCAAGAGAAACAACAAUUACGUUUAAUAUUACAACAGCACAUAAAAAUUUUUGAUAUUUCGAAAGUUACAUAA